AUGUCUACACCCAAGUCCUGGCUGCCAAUUGCGGCCAAUUCACCGUUUUCAUUGGCAAACAUUCCGUUCGGGAUUAUCUCGACCACUUCAAACCAAGAUCCUCGUCCUGCGGUCGCAAUUGGCGAAUAUGCACUUGAUCUCUCGAUUUUCUCUCAAAACGAAGGCUUUUGUGCCUCACCUACGAUACAAAGCAAGACAGCUGUCUUUUUGCAAUCAACGCUCAAUGCAUUUGCUGCAUCAGGAAGGCCAUUCCAUCGUGAAGUGAGGACCUAUCUUCAAAAUGUCUUCACCGAAGGCUCGCCUUAUUCAAACCUUCUAGAGGCAAACAAGGAACUACAAGCAAAGGCUCUAAUUCCUCUGGAAGAUAUUAAAAAUCACCUGCCAUUGGCAAUAGGAGAUUAUACCGACUUUUUCGCCGGCAAGAACCAUGCAUUCAACGUGGGCACACUUUUCCGCGGACCACAAAACGCAUUACAGCCCAAUUAUACUCACCUACCCGUUGCUUAUCAUGGUCGCGCCUCUUCUGUUGUGGUUUCUGGGACUCCUCUAAGAAGACCCUGGGGCCAAAUCUUGCUAGAUUCCACAGCUGAGCCUAAAAUUCCUACAUUCACACCGGCCCGUCGCCUCGAUAUUGAAUUAGAGCUUGGCAUGUUCGUCGGUAUUGGAAAUGAACUCGGAGAACAAAUCGACAUCAACAAAGCCGAGGAGCAUAUCUUCGGAUACGUGCUCAUGAACGAUUGGUCCGCUCGUGACGUUCAGACUUGGGAAUACGUGCCUUUGGGCCCGUUCAAUGCAAAGAACUUUGGAACUACUAUCAGCCCGUGGGUGGUUCUUGCGGACGCCCUUGCACCGUUCAAGACUACAGGUUUGAAGAAUGAAACACCACUGCAAAGCUAUUUACAGGAGGAUGAACAGAACAAUGCUCUCGACAUCAAUCUAGAAAUUGAUCUUACAACAUCCUCCGGAAACACAACAACAAUAUCUCGAACCAAUUCUCGAAAACUCUUGUGGUCAUGGCCCCAAAUGAUUGCCCAUCACAGUGUAUCAGGAUGUAAUCUUCGUCCCGGCGAUCUCUUCGGAUCAGGCACUAUCAGUGGCGAAGAGCCCGGCACACAGGGCAGUCUCUUGGAACAAAUUCAGGGUGGGAAGGUGGCUAUCAAGCUCAAUGGCGGCGAGGAACGGAAAUUCUUGCAGGAUGGUGAUACAAUCACUAUUCGUGGGUGGAGUGGCGAAGAGGGUGGUCUUGUUGGGUUUGGUGACGCCGUUGGCGUGAUAUUGCCAGCUGUAGAACGAGUUUAA